GACUGUGCUGUUCCAAACAGACCAAGACGAUGGACGGUCUAUUAUCGCUGGUAAUUGGCCUGAAUAUUCUGUGUUCUCUCUUUCAUUUCAGCAAUCCAGCAUCUAUACACGUGACAACAAGGAAGACUACUGCACACCAUCACGCGACCCAUAAAGCAACCACCCAUCACACUACAACCCCACGCCCAACUCAUGAAAGUGGCGAAUGGUCAUAUACCUUUUACUAUUACGACAGUGUUUCUCACUACUUUUGUGGCUAUCACUCAUCGCGAGUAGUGUCGAAGGGUUACUGUCUUUGCUAUCAUGUUCCCUAUGAAAACCGUGCUGAUAUACACUCACCUUUGACACUAAUGAAAAUGGAGACACAUAUCUACGAGCUGUAUAGGUCGGGUAAUCACGUGAUAACAGAAGACCUGCAGUUCUACAGCAAGCCUAAUUACGAUAUGUGUCAUAACCACGGAAAGAGACCAAACGUCACGACUUAUCUGUUGUACGACUAAUCAGAAUAUAAAGUCAUACUCAAACGUCA